UUAAAAACGCAAUUCGCGCCAAGUUUGUCGUGUUUAUAAUUGUAAGAUUUUUAUUUUAAAAGAAAGAGGACAUUAUUUAUUUACUAGCUCCAGUGAAUAAUUACAAAGACAGGACAAACGUUUUUAUUAUAGUUUCAUGAUUUUCGGUGAUUAGAGUUAAAAAAUUAUGAGUUACAAAUUAUCUGAAGGGGCCCUGGAGGUCAUAAUGAAUGGCGGUCGUUAUGAUAAACCGGUAAUGCAGAUACUCGGCAACAAAAAGAUACAAGGUAGUGGCGCUAACGAGAGAUUUAGAUUAUUGGUAUCAGAUGGCAAACAUUCUUUGAGCUUUGCUAUGCUCGCGACACAAUUGAACGACAAACUGAAAACCGGCGAACUGUCAGACUACUCUGUUGUCCAAGUAGACCGCUUUAUCACUUCAAUAAUAAAGCCUAAUGCUGAAAAGAGAGUUAUGAUAUUGCUAGAAAUCACAAUCUUAGCGCCUGGCUCAGAAGUUGGCAAGAAGCUGGGUAAUCCCCAAACAUGGACGGAGGACUCGGCACAUGCGCCAGCACAAGCCGUGACACCAGCGCCUCAAGCGAAUCCAAGACCAGCUCCCAUCGUCAAACCCACUUUCAACCAACAGUUAGACUCAAGUAUGCUAUCAUCACAAAUGACGCAUCCCAUAGCAAGUCUUAGUCCAUAUCAAAAUAAAUGGGUCAUAAAAGCUCGUGUAAUGAACAAGUCGGCGAUCCGCACAUGGAGCAAUGCUAGAGGUGAAGGCAAACUGUUUAGUAUGGACUUGUGUGAUGACAGCGGGGAGAUUAGAGCCACAGCAUUUAAAAAUGAAUGUGAUAAAUUUUACGACAUGAUUGAGGUUGAUAAAGUAUACUACAUAAGCAGAUGUAUUCUGAAGCCCGCAAACAAACAAUUCACAAGUUUGAAGAAUGAUUAUGAAAUGACAUUUACCGCAGACACAGUUGUCUCUGAAUGUGUAGAGGAUGCAUCAACAGUACCCUCUGUGAAGUUUGAUUUUGUACCAAUCAGUGAAAUAGCCAACAGGAGUCCUGAUUCAUUGCUAGAUAUGAUUGGUGUAUGUAAGAGUGCAGCGGAUGUGCAGGAAUUAACAGCUAAAAGUACGGGCAGGUUACUGAAGAAACGAGAAGUGACACUUGUCGACUCAUCAGGUGGUGCGAUUACUCUUACAUUGUGGGGCAAUGAAGCUGAGAAGUUUGAUGGUAGUACUAAUCCAGUAAUAGCAGCUAAGGGUGCUCGUCUAACAGAGUUCAACGGCAGCAAAUCCUUGUCUUGUCUCUCCAGUACGAUGGUGCGUCUCAAUCCAGAUCUUCCGGAGACACAUCGACUGCGCGGCUGGUAUGACAAUGGCGGUGCUGACUGUGACAUAGUCAAUAUCUCAGCCAGGAGUGGAGCAUACGGUGGUGGUAGCGGAGAGUGGGUGACGUUCGCGGAGGCGGAGGCGCGGCAGCUGGGCGCGGGCGAGCGCGGGGACUACUUCUGUCUGCUCGGAGCUCUCACCUUCACAUUCUCAGACAAUGCGGUGUACAAAGCCUGUCCCCAGGAGCAAUGCAACAAGAAGCUGAUCGAUCAGGAGAACGGCCUCUACCGCUGCGAGAAGUGCAAUCGAGAGUACCCUAACUAUAAGUACCGGCUGCUGCUAGGCGCGAAUGUUUCUGACCCGACGGGAGACCAGCGUGUGACAGCGUUCAAUGAGGCAGCGGAGAGUAUACUCGGUAAGACGGCAGCUGAGAUCGGACAGAUGUUUGAGUACGACAAGGCCGCAUACAGCCAGCUAUUUGAGGAAGUUAAGUUUAAAACUUUCGUGUUCAAAUUCCGCACCAAGAUGGAGACCUACAGUGAUGAAGCUCGAUUAAAAACUACAGUGAUGAGCGCGACUCCCGUCGACUACAAAGACGCGAACGCACGACUCGUUAAAAGUAUCAAAGCUCUGAGCGGAGUCGAAUUGUAACUUUUAAAA